CAGAUUUCCCCAAUUAGAGCUUAGUGGAUUUCCGAAUUUCAUUACUGUGUUUCUGUAAUUAUCCUGGUUUUUUUUCUUUUCUGUUGUAACCUGACAAUUUUCAAGCUCUUGGAAAAUCACUGUUCCGAUAUCAAACAUGACGGACGAAAUCAGGCCCUUCAAGAUCAACAUAUCGGACGAGGAGCUGGACAACCUAAACAAGAAACUCGCCCUGGCCCGCAUCCCUGACAACGUAGCCGACGCGGAAUGGGGCGAGGAGAACGGGGUCACGGUGGACUUUAUCCGCCGGACCGUCGAGCACUGGCGCAGCAGGUACUCGUGGCGGGAGCAAGAGGCCAAGCUCAACCAGAUGCCGCAGUUCAAGACGACCAUCACGCUCUCGGCCACCAACAAGGCCGGGCAGGCCUUUGACCCGGUCGAGGUGCACUUUGCGCACGUCAAGACCACCGCCACCGACCAAAAGCCCGCCAUCCCGCUGCUCUUCCUCCACGGCUGGCCGGGCCACUUUGCCGAGGUGCAAAAGGCGCUGACGGCGCUGACGGCGGCCGGCUUCGACGUCGUGUCCCCGAGCCUGAUGGGCUACGGCUGGAGCAGCCUGCCGAGGCAGGCCGGGUUCAACUUCUUCCACCACGGAGACGUCUUUCACCGCCUCAUGGUGAGGCUGGGCUAUGACCGCUACGUGGUGCAGGGAGGGGACUGGGGUGCCAUCGUCUCGAGGGCUCUCUUGAUGCAGUAUCCCGAGCAUGCGGUUGCUUUGCACCUGAACAUGCCCUUCAUCAGAAAUCGUCCUGAACUGAAGCCUGGAGAUGAGAAAAAUUUCACCGAGACCGAGCUGGCAAUGAUCAAGCGCUAUGAAUGGUUCGCCAAGGAGCAGCGGGCAUACGCACAAGUGCACGCUACCAAACCGCGCACCAUUGGGUUUGCUAUGCACGAUUCUCCUGUAGGCAUGCUCGCCUGGAUGGCCGACAAGAUGAACAUCUGGUCGGAUCUAGAGAACCUCCCCGGCGGCGGUUACACGGCCGACGAGUACAUCACCUGGACGCUGAUGCACUACUUCCCCGGCCCGACGACAGCCAUGCAGAUGUACCGCGCCAACUUUAGCGAAGAGAUGCAGACUACCCUGACCGAUCCCGUGGCUAAGCUGCUGGCCACGAACAGGGUUGAAAACCCGGUCGGCGUGACGGUUUUUGCAAAAGAGAUUGCCGCAGCGCCGAGGGUCUGGUUCGAGAAAGAAAACAACGUCGUAUUCUGGAGGUUUCACGCCAAGGGUGGCCACUUUGCGGCGUACGAGCAACCCAAGGACUUUGCCGAGGAUGUUAUCGAAUUCCUUAGCGGGCAGUGGAAAUCGUUCCAGCAGAAGCUCUGAGUUUUUUUUGGGGGGUUUCUGCGUGCUAAUCUUAUUCGCCACCGGUUUUGUUUUUGUUCGUUCAUUGUUCUCGAGUCCCCCAAUCAUGACAAACAGCAUUGGGUUCAAAUUCUUUGUCAUAUUUAGGCGCAGAUGGUAGCGUCGCUUUAGUAAAAACACUACAAGCCUCUUUUUACACAAUCGCUAUUGCUUUCUUUUGCACCCGCAUGUUCUCAGCCCAGCAGGGCUAGCAAAGUAUCUGUUCUAUUUUGAGGGUUGCUAACCA